AUGUGGCGUGCAAUCGCCCUUGUCUUGCUUGGCCAGGGGAGAGCCGUCAAGCUAGCUGCGACACCCGUCUGCAAAGGCAGCCCGGUGCCUUCAGGCAAGUUGUGCAGCGACUUGACUGUGGAUGAGUGUGCCGGUUCGUACAUCAUCGAGUCGGACUCCACGUACAUGCAGUGUGGCGUCACGAGUGGUUACGUACAGUGCCUCACCCUUGGCCCCAUCUGUCACAAGCCCCGGGCCCCUCUGCCAGACGGCGGCCUUGAGUUCUACUUCGGCUCCUCUUUGGCCUCAGGGGUGGCGUCGGAUAGCAUCCUCGACAAGGGGAAGAGCUAUGGCAGUCAGAAGGCGAGCGGUAUGGAGUACGGCUGGCUGUGCAACGGAUCACCGAUCUCGGGCUACGACUUCGCAGGAGGCCGUCGAGGCCCGCCGAGGAGCACCUACGGCCUGAACCACUUUGACCGCAGCAACAAAUGCAAGUCUGGCAGCACCUACCUUCCCGUCACCUGGAAGCUCGAUGUGCCUGAUGGAAAGUACAAGGUGGAGGUGAUUUUCCCCGAGUCAACGACGCCAGGAUGCAAGGUGCAGGGCCUGAAGGUCUGCGGCAAAAAAGGCCCGUGCACCUACAACAAGGUCAUCCAAGUCACUGGUGGCCUGAAGGUCACCGGCUACGGGCAUGACUCCUGGAAGUGCCACUCCCUGAGCAAGGUGAAGGUGACCAAGGCCCCUGCGUUCCCCGCAGCCGGGAUGGAGUUCUACUACGGAUCGUCGCUUCCCAGUGGCGUUGCAUCUGGGAGCAUCCUUGACAAGGGCAAGAGCUAUGGUGCAAAGACUGCUGGCGGUUUCGACUAUGGCUGGCUGUGCAACGGAUCACCGAUCUCGGGCUACGACUUCGCAGGAGGCCGUCGAGGCCCGCCGCGGAGCACUUACGGCCUGAACCACUUUGACCGCAGCAACAAAUGCAAGUCUGGCAGCACCUACCUUCCCGUCACCUGGAAGCUCGAUGUGCCUGAUGGAAAGUACAAGGUGGAGGUGAUUUUCCCCGAGUCAACGACGCCAGGAUGCAAGGUGCAGGGCCUGAAGGUCUGCGGCAAAAAAGGCCCGUGCACCUACAACAAGGUCAUCCAGGUCACUGGUGGCCUGAAGGUCACCGGCUACGGGCAUGACUCCUGGAAGUGCCACUCCCUGAGCAAGGUGAAGGUGACGCCCGCAUAA